AUGGAACACAGUAAUGACACCAAAGUGACGGAAUUUAUUCUCCUGGGCUUUGCUGGUCAACAUGAGUUUUGGCACAUCCUCUUUGUGGCAUUCCUAUUGAUUUACACAGCCACCUUAGUAGGCAAUGUCGGCAUGGUCCUGCUCAUCAAGGUCCACUCUUCCCUGCACACGCCCAUGUACUUCUUCCUGCAGCACUUGGCUUUUGUUGACCUCUGCUAUUCCUCUGCCAUCGCUCCUAAGACACUGAAGAACCUCGUGAGCACAAAGCCAUCCAUCUCCUUCCCAGGAUGCAUUGUUCAGCUAUUGGUCUAUGGUACCUUUGUCACCAGUGACUGCUUCAUCCUGGCUGCUAUGGCUGUGGACCGCUAUGUGGCCAUCUGUUACCCACUGCGUUAUCCAGUCAUCAUGUCCCAGAGACUCUGCAUUCUGCUGCUACUUGUUUCAUACACCAUGGGCUUCCUAAAUGCCUCUGUAAAUACAAGUUUUACCUUCUCAUCAAAAUUCUGCAAAUCCAAUGCCAUUAAUCACUUUUUCUGUGAUGUGCCACCAAUUCUUGCCCUAUCUUGCUCCAGUAUUGACCUCAAUAUCCUGGUACUGACUGUCUUUGUGGGGUUUAACUUAACACUCACUAUAUCUGUUGUCAUUUUUUCCUACACAUUUAUCUUGGCCGCCAUCCUAAGAAUGUCUUCUGCAGCGGGAAGGAGAAAAGCUUUCUCCACAUGUGCCUCCCAUAUGACAGCUGUCACCAUAUUCUAUGGAACACUCUCAUACAUGUACGUACUUCAUGGGAACAACAGAUCUCAAGAGCAAGAGAAGGUGGCUUCUGUGUUCUACAGUAUUAUGAUCCCCAUGCUAAACCCCCUCAUCUACAGCCUAAGAAACCAGGAUGUGGUUGAAGCUCUGAGGCACGUAAGGAACAAGUGUUUCUAG